AUGAAUGAUAUAACAGAUUUUGAUAUAACAAAGACAUAUUUGGCAUUCUUAAAAGAUGAUAAAGAUAUGACAAUGCCUAUAGCUGCAAUUGAAUCAUUGGUAUCAAUGUUGAGAAUUAAACAACCUUCAACUUCAAGUGAAUUAAUCAAUUUAGUUUCUAAAAAUAUUGAAUUAUUAAAAUCAUCAAUUCCAAAUAAUAUUUCUUUAAGUGCUGGUUGUGAUUUAUUUAUGAGAUUUGUAUUAAGAAAUACGAAUAUUUAUAAAGAUUGGGAAUCAUUUUCAACAAAUUUGGUUGAAAAUGGUGAAUUAUUUGUUCAAAGAGCUAAACGAUCAAGAGAAAAACUGGCAGAAUUUGGUAUAUCAUUUAUAAAAGAUGAUGAUGUGAUAUUAGUUCAUUCUUAUUCCAGAGUUGUUCAUAGUUUAUUAUUAAAAGCUAAAUCAAAACUAAUUAGAUUCAAAGUUUUAAUUACUGAAUCAAGGCCAACUGGUAAUGGAUUUUAUAUGGCUAAUAAAUUAAAAGAAGCAGAUAUACCUUGUGAAGUUAUAGUUGAUAAUGCUGUUGGUUAUGUAUUACACAAAGUAGAUAAAGUAUUAGUUGGAGCUGAAGGUGUGGCCGAAGGUGGUAUAAUAAAUCAUAUUGGUACUUAUCAAAUUGGUUGUUUAUCAAAAAUUAAUAACAAACCAUUUUAUGUUGUAACUGAAUCUCACAAAUUUGUUAGAUUAUUUCCAUUAAGUCCAAAUGAUCUACCUAUGAAUAAUAAUAUAAAUUUAUUACAAGAACAAAAUAAUGAACAUAAUUUAAAGGAAACUUAUUUUGUUGAUUUUACUCCACAUGAGUAUAUUACUGCUUUAAUAACUGAUUUAGGUGUAUUGACUCCUUCUGCAGUUAG